UUAGGAAGGGUGUAAAGAGUAAACCGGUUGGUUGGUUAAAGUCAACCUGGCGGCAAGAGGCCUUAUGCUACCUUGGAGCUAGCUACCAGGCAUUGGAUCCAUCUGAACUUGAAGUCCUCGGCUUUCAUUACCAGAUAUCUAUCAUUUUGCGGAGAGAAUAAAUUUCACAUUCAUUGCAGAAUUAAGUAGAGAAAGCUACUGCUGUCCUUGUGUUUUUUUUUUCCUUCUUUGUGUUGUGUGUGUUCGAGGUUAUCAAGCAGCAACGAAAACCAAGAUCAGAAAUUCUAAGCUUCCCUCAGGAGAAUCAAUAACCGGGAAGAACCCAAUCAGAUAAAAACUGAAUCUUUAACUGGGUUUUUCAUUUUGAAGCAGGAAACAGAUUUCCACUGUUCAGGAAACACUGAUCUGUUUACUGGGUUGUUGUUUUUGGUAAAUCUGUAUUGGGAAGAGAGUGAUGGUGGAGGAGGAGGAGGAUCUUAAAUCCUCUGGUGACAUGGUGGAAGAAAAUGAGCCCAAAAAAGGGUGUUCUGGUGCUCUCUGCACACCAAUCAAUUGGUUCAGAAUGCUCUGUGUGGAAAUGCAUUGGAGUUUUGUAAUGGGGGUGUUGGUUGUUUAUGGAAUAAAUCAAGGACUGGGUGGAGCUCUUUAUCGUGUGGGCACAGAAUAUUACAUGAAGGAUGUUCAAAAAGUGCAGCCUUCUGAAGCACAAUUUUAUCAAGGAAUUACUUCUAUUCCUUGGCUUGUCAAGCCUCUCUGGGGUCUCCUCACGGAUGUUCUCCCAAUUUUCGGGUAUCGAAGACGGCCUUAUUUCAUUGUAGCAGGUUCUAUUGGUGUGAUCUCCAUGCUCGUGCUAUCAUUCCAUGAAAAGCUGCACAUUGCACUUGCCCUAUUGUCAUUAACAGCCGGAAGUGCUGGAGUGGCUGUAGCAGAUGUCACCAUAGAUGCCUGUGUUGCACAGAACAGUAUUAAUCAUCCGUCACUUGCAGCCGAUAUGCAAAGCCUGUGUGCCCUGAGUUCCUCCAUUGGGGCACUACUGGGAUUCUCUGUUAGUGGUAUCUUUGUUCAUCUUAUAGGCCCUAAGGGGGUAUACGGGUUGUUGGCAAUCCCAUUUGGACUUGUAUUCUUAAUUGGAACUCUGCUUAAGGAACCUCAUUCUCCCAAUUUCGCUUACACACAGGUCAAUCAGAAGUUUAUUGAUGCUGGCAAGGCUAUGUGGACAACAUUGAAAUGUCCUGAUGUAUGGAGGCCAUGCUUAUACAUGUACUUUUCCCUUGCAUUAAGCUUGAAUAUCCUUGAUGGAAUGUUCUACUGGUAUACAGACUCGAAGAGCGGUCCAUCUUUCUCACAGGAGAAUGUUGGAUAUAUAUUCUCCAUCAGUUCAGUUGGUUCCCUUUUGGGGGCAGUACUCUAUCAAAAUGUUCUGAAGGAUCAUCCUUUCCGGGACUUGCUUUUCUGGACUCAACUGGUUUACAGUUUAUCAGGAACGCUAGACUUGAUGCUGGUCUUGCGAUUGAAUUUGAAAUUUGGCAUACCAGAUUAUUUCUUUGUUGUGAUUGAUGAAAGUGUAUCUCAAAUGACUAGAAGGCUCAAAUGGAUGCCUCUUCUUGUGCUUAGCUCAAAGCUUUGUCCUCCGGGAAUCGAAGGAACUUUUUUUGCUCUGCUCAUGUCAAUCGAUAAUGUUGGACUUCUCUCAGCAACAUGGGGAGGAGGCAUCUUACUGCAUGCAUUGAAGGUUACACGGACACAAUUUGAUAAUCUCUGGCUGGCCAUUCUGAUUAGGAACUUCUUGAGAUUAGCUCCGCUUUGUCUGCUAUUUUUGGUACCUAGAGUUGAUCCCAACUCUUCCAUUCUUCCAACCGAAAUCUUGAAUACAAAAGAGGAUAUUGAAACUCAAGAAACAGAGAACAUUGAAUUGGUCUCCCUUGUGAACAGAGUUGAUGAUAGAUAGCCCUACAAUAUACCAUUCACAUCAAAAUCAUCUUAGGUUUCAGAAACAUACUUAGAAGACCAAGGCAAAGUUGCUUUAGGUUGAUACUUGAAAGAGUUAUGAUGAAUGUACUAUUGUUAUAUAUAUUUUAAUUAUUUACCACAUUUUUUCUUAUAAA